AUGACGCCUGAUACCGAUGUGACGCCUGCUUACAUUACGGAGUUCAUGGAGUCCAACGCCAGAUACUUCCCAGACUCUUAUGUCAUCUGUCACGACUAUACCGACGUAAAUAACAUCUCGUCAUUCCCGCUGGAAGUCAAGGACUUCAACCAUAACCCAUGCUACUAUUAUGACUUCUGCAGUUGCCCCGAAAUGAGGUCACAACCAGAUAUUGCGGGAAUCGGCGUGUUGUUUGCAUUCUCAACUGCUGCUUUCCUCACUCUCUGUUUAUCAAUAUUUUGCCUCAUCGUAGGCCGUACAAACGAAGAAAGACAGACUUUCAAUCCGGUCGACAGAUUUGUUCGCAAAUAUAUGUCAGAGCCUCUUCGCCAUUUCAUGCGUCGGAUGGGCUCUAGUCCUGACUUGCAAUCUCUCAUUGCCCACGACCUCGUCAACACUUUCAGCGACCUUCAGCUUGUGACAGGCCUAGCAAUCUUAGUUGCUGGUGUCAAAGAGCUAGCCGACGGUACGAUUUCGGUUUACCAUUUUUUUAUCAUCACUGAUCUCGCAUGGUUCUGCACCAACUCCCACUGGCUAUCGCUAGCAGUCACUCGGAGUAUGAGAGAUAGCGUGAAGAGGACGCACCCACAUCGCCACAAUCGCGAGCAAACCGAACUCGCCGCUCGUUUAGCCCGCGCCUUACGCAUUCUGUUCAUGGCCUCCACAUUUGCGCUCCUUAUGUUCGCAUUCUGGGCUACUGGAUUUGGAAAAGCCUUUGCCUACUUCAUUUUGAAUUGCCCGAUAAAGUGUACCACGGACGAGCCAAGAGAGGGAAAACCUUACUUAUUGGUGGUAAUCAAUAUGGUAUUGAUGACGUACUUUUACACAGCACAGACAUUCCUCACUUGGCGGACUGGUCGUAUCUUCUGGAUGGACCGCGUUAGAGCGUCCGUUGUCGACACGCAAGGCCAAUCGGUCAACGUCCUGAAUCCAGAGAUAGUCUUCAAGCGAUGGACGGAAAGCAAAGUUUUGAAAGUACUGAAAAAGUUGCUUCUGGCUAUGUGGUACUUUGUUGCGUCAGAAACUGGAAACUUGCUUGGACUGACCGUCUAUUUCGGAUUCGGGGUGUGGUCCCUUAUCGACGAUCGAAACAUGGCACAUGCAACGCUGGGAAAGGCGACCGAAGCAGAAGAUGAGAUCGUGUUUAGUCAGCUCGUACCGAUCUUCUUAAUCAUCAUCCCGUUCAUGGGGCUCUUUGAGUCUUAUGCUAGGCAUUCGAAGGCAAUCAAGGAGGCUGAAGCCAAGGAGGUGGGAAGCUGUACAUCGGAGGGAUCUUGA